AUGCGAAUUGUUGGAAGAAUAUCACUGACAUUACUCCCAAGUUUCAUCGCUACAUACAGAUGUCCAGGUGUUUUGAAUAGUGCACUGCAUUGGAUUGCUUAUAGAAGGAAAAAUAAUACUAAUACUGAAUGUUUUAUCAUGGUGUUUGACUUAAGAGAUGAGGUCUUUGGUGAGAUAAUGUUGCCUCAAUGUUUGGUGAAUUCUUGGUAUUUGAACCUUCAUGUUCAUGUAUUUGGGGAAUCAUCAAUUGCUGUUAUUCAUCAAAAAUAUAAAAAGCCAGAUAUAUGGGUGAUGAAAGAGUAUGGUGUAGUGGCAUCGUGGGUGAUGAUAGGAACUGUGGGUAAAUGUUGGAGAGGGGACUCGAGGGUGUUGGGUUUUAGGAGUAAUGGAGACGUGUUUUUGCAAUUUUAUCGAGGAGGGGUAGCUUCCCAGAACAUAGAGAGCAAAAGGCUUAAAAAUCUCAUUCCUACAGUGAAGUACAGUUACUCUUCUUUUUAUAGCUACAUGGAGAGCUUAGUAUUGCUUGAUAAAGGCUCUGACGUAAGAGCAAGUGGUACAAGCAGUCCAAAUGAGGCAAAACGAGUUUAA